CAUUCCCAGUGCUCUCAGUAGCACUCCCAGCGCCACGCGGGCCACAGCCGCUCCGCAACCCCCGGGGCAGAGCGCGGCUACUUUUGGGUGUCGGCACCAGGCCAGGCUGGGAGUGGCAGAGGAGUGGGAGGAAGAGGAGCAGCGGCAGGAUGAAGAGGAAGGACACAGGAGGAGCAGUAACAGGAACAGAAUGAGUGGCAGGAGCAGGAGCAACGUUUCUGGAACCAUGCGCUUCCCCCGCCCGCCCGCUCAACCACAGCUCCCCCGGCUCCAGCGUCAUCGGCACCCCCAAGAAGCCGCAGACAAGGAACUGAGCACGGACAGCAGGGAGGACAAAUCCCCGCUGCAGAAGCUCGUGCAAGAGGCCGUUUGCAGUGGCCCCACGCCGCAGGAACGCAAUGGGGAGGAAAAACCCUGCAGAUCCUGCACCGGGAGGCGCUGCACAUGCACAGCCCAGGGAUCCCAGCAGGAGAGAGCCAGCCUGGGCCAGGGAGGUGGCCACAGCUCGGAGCUGGGGCUCCAUGAGCAGCUUCACGAUGGGGAGAAGCCCCACAAGUGCUCAGAAUGUGGGAAGGGAUUCAGGUGGAGAUCAGAGCUGAUCCUACACCAGAGAAUCCAGACGAGAGAAUGGCCCUACGAGUGUGGGGAGUGUGGGCAGAGAUUCAGCCAGAGCUCAACCUUGACUGUGCACCAGAGGAGCCACAAUGGGGAGAGACCCUACGAGUGUGAUAAAUUCAGGAAGAGGUUUCAGAGGAGCUUCCAUCUCCUCCAGCACUAUCACAUUCACAGGGAUGAGAGGCCGUACUGCUGCCCUGACUGUGGGAAGGGCUUCAAGCAAAACUCCAACCUCAUCACCCACUGGCGCAUCCACAGUGGGGAGAGGCCCUACAAUGUCCCGAGUGUGGGAAGAGCUUCUCACAGAGCUCUACUUUGAUCCAGCACCAACGGAGUCUGCACUAAGGCAAUCCCUGCGAGUGCUCCGAGUGUGGGAAGAGCUUCGUGCGCUGCUCCAGCUCCAUCCCCCAUGGCAGGAUCCACACUGGAUGAUCCCCAGUGACCCCUGGUGGGCAGAGCCUGGUGCUCCCUAGUGUUGCUGAUCCGUGUUGGGAAUAGACCUGGCUGAGGGCUCCACAUCCUCCUGGUUCCCCAUGGGCACCUGGACACAUCCUCAGACCAACAUCAGAAAUCCAUUGUGGGAAGCAGAUUUGUUGGUUUCUGACCCCAGAAAAAUCUCACUUUUUUCAUCUUCUGUGAGCAUCAAGCAACACUGGAUAGCUUUGGAGGUCUUCUCCAACAUAAAUCCUGCAUUUUAAUUCUGUCUUGCCCACCAUCAUCUUCCACAGACAAAUGGGGACAGAUUGGGUCAAACCCCAUGAUUCUGGAGACAGUGGGUUGGAAAUCCCUCCACAAAAGGUUCUUCCCUCCCGCCAAGCACGUGGGUACUCUGCCAGCAGGAACACGUAAAUCUUUUUGGUUUGGCCUUGAAAUGUCAAGGUUUGUGUUCAUCCCUUCGAAAGCCCUGAAAUUGCGGUAAGAAUAAGAACGUUGAACUAAGGCAUGGAUCGGGACAUGUGGACAGCACUGACUUGGGUUGGGGCAUGCGGGGACUUGGACAGGGAUGGGAAUAUGGCAGGACGUGGAUGGGGAUAUGGGAGGACAUGAAUGGGGAUGUGUGGGGUCAUCUAAGCACACAGUCCUGGGUGGGGACAUGGACAUGAGUAAGGGACAUGGGGAACAUGGAUGUGGGCAUGGGAGGACACAGACUUGAGAGUGACAUGAGGGGACUUGGACAUGGAUAGAGAAAUGAACUGAGAUGGCAUCAAUGCCACCGCCUGUGCCACCACAUCUUCAUCUUAGCCAUGGCAAAGCAUUUCCUCGUGGUAGGGGGUUUGGGGUCAUCUUGGGAUUGACCAUGAGUCUUGUCCACUCUGCAGUGAGGAGCAGCCCUGGCCAGGGAGUAUGGGAUGGACAGGGGCAGGAGAGGUUGGACACUGGUCCAGAUGGCCACCAGACCCAUGGAUCCCAUGCUGGAUGGACACUGGUCUGGAUUGACCCCAGCUGGACACUGGUGUGGACAGCCCUUGGUCCUGCAGAUCCCCAGCCUGGCCAGCCCCCAGCCCAGAUGGGGGUGGUGCAGACCACCAACCUGGUCACACCCUGGCCCACCCCACUGGCCCACCAACCCAUCCAGUAGCCCCAACCCCCAAACCCCCCAAAAUAAAUCCAAUACCAGAACACCAGGUCCAGGUGGUCCCUGCAGAGUAAGGGGGAAACUGAGGGACAACCUGGGGGAGUGACUUUGCAGGGAUAGGAGGGGACUUUGGGACCCACCCUGGAGAUUCCAAAACAUGCACCCAGCCCCCAAAUUGUCACCGCAGCAUCUUGGGUCCCCCAGCUGUCACACUGGGGGGACUCCAGGAGCCACCGCGACCCCGCAGUCCCUUCAAGGGGUAACCCACAGUGUCCCCCGGUGUCACCACACCUCCCCUGUGGGAGAAGCGGCAUCUCCCUGGGUCAAUAAAUCAGUUAGGCUUCAGCACUGUACACUCAAUUAGGGAUCUUUACAUAGAAACUUUUAGAAAGUGUCUCUGGACAUAUAAAUCUUCAAAGCAGUGUCACUCUG